AUGCCCCGAGUACUGACGCCGAGCUGGGGCCGUCCUAGGCCCGGCCAGAAACGUCGAUAUUCUGCCCGGCCGUUCUACUGGACUCUUUUGGCGUUUACAAGUCUCGCAGUCUUGAAAUGGGGUCUUGGUUGCCUCAAAGCGAGCCCUCCUACGCAGCUCAUAACACGCAGUUGGCAAUUGGCUACUCCCACUACUCAUCGGGUUGUCGCACGGGAUAAUGAACUGGAGUGCCGUCUUGUUCGUGAUGCUAAAGAUCAAUGCUCCUUUGUCCGCCUAAACUGUCCGGAUCAUGAAGAUGGGUUUUUUUCCUAUCUUCAAUUCUAUUAUUGCACUAUCGCAGAUGCCAAACCACUUGCAUUCGCUACCAUCAUUUUGUGGCUGUCUCUGCUCUUCAGCACCAUUGGAAUUGCCGCUAGCGACUUUCUGUGUAUUGACUUGAGCACAUUGGCUAGCUUUCUCGGACUGAGCGAAAGCUUGACUGGCGUCACUUUCCUGGCGUUUGGGAAUGGAAGCCCCGAUGUCUUCUCCACGUUCGCUGCCAUGAGGUCCAACAGUGGAAGUUUGGCUAUUGGUGAACUACUCGGGGCUGCAAGUUUCAUCACAUCUGUGGUCGCGGGGUCGAUGGCGCUGGUUCGCCCAUUCAAGGUUGCACGGAGAAGCUUUGUUCGAGACGUGGGGUAUUUCAUCGUGGCUGUCAGCUUUAGUAUGUUGCUAUUAGCUGACGGUCGCCUUCAUGUCUGGGAAGCUGCCACCAUGGUUGGUCUGUAUUGCUUCUAUGUGGGUCUGGUCGUGGUCUGGCACUGGUACAUCGUGCGGAAACGCCGAGUCUAUGAGAGGAAUUUAGCGGCACGGUCACAUUUCCAUAUCCCAGACAAUCAGGAAUUAGAGAUCGAGGAAGUUGAAGAGGAUGACCCGGGAGUGGCAUCCGAGUCAACAAGUCUCCUUCGCGCUGUCGACUUUGAUUCUUUGGAAAGGGCCGGUGUGCCUGCUUGGCAGGACGGAGACGAGGAUGACGAGACCCGCAACCGCUACCUGGCCGAAAUACGAGACAACAUGCAUGUUAUCCGCCCUUCUGCACGCAGGCGCAACACAUUGAAUCCAAUCAGACCUAGUCUUGUCGGCGCCUUGGAGUUUCAGUCGGUGCUUUCUUCCUUGCAGCGAUCACGAAGCACACACCAAAACGUCCCGAUCCACCUACCAAGAUAUUCGGAUAACCGCGACUAUGAAACACAGGGCCCGUCACACAUGCACGACAACAUGUCAGUCGCAUCCCAUCCGAGGGAUAACAGAUCGUCCGCGGCAGAUCAUCUCUCACCAUACGGCGCAAGUGGACCGGGACGUAUUCGGGCUGUGUCUGCAAACGACGCCGCCGGGCUGAAGCUGGAUACCAGCGUGCUUGAUCCUUCCAUGACACGGCCCGUUGUCACAGUUAGUCGACCCACGGGCGAUGGUUCAAACACACAACUGGCUCAUCAGGCCGACCCUCACCCAGAUUUAACACUUUCGAUACCAGAGUCGGGGCAUCGGUCACCAAAUUUAAGCCCCGUGGUAGGGGACCGGCCUCGUACGCCCCCUACUUUACUUGCACCUUCGAAUGCUUUCCAGUCUCCAAACUAUCAGACAGAAACACAGCAUUCGCAAUCCCCCCUUCCGCUGUCCCCGCGAGGAACCUCAUUAUCGCCCGGUAACUCUGCUCCGACGAGUCCAUUUCCUGCCUUUGAUAUAUCAGGCUCUGCGCCUUCUCGACCCCCGAGUAUACGCUUGCCCGCUGCUUCGAGCCCCACAGAAUCACUUCAAAUUCACGAAGGUCUCGGGGAUGGACGUCCUCGUCGUCGAAUCCAAACCAAAUGGCGGUCUUGGUGGGCAGCAUUGCCCAUUCGGACAGUUGUCUCCACGCUAUUCCCCACCCUAGAUGGAUGGAAAGCUAAAACAUUUUGGGAGCGACUGUUGGGAAUCGCGGCAGCGCCCAGUGUAUUGCUGUUGACCAUAACUCUGCCUGUAAUCGAACCUGUACAAACUCAGACGUCGACAGGUCCAGUCACUGUUGUCGUAUCUCCAGCGGACGACGAGAGUUCUACAGCCCCUCUCGUGAGACUUCCAGAUGAUAGCCCACUAAUCCACGCUAUUGAUCAGGAGGACACCACCAAUGAGGCAACACACCAGAACAGUAAAACACAGUCGCCAUAUGAUCGGCGACGGUGGGACUCUGAACUGCCCGCCGUUCAACAACAGCAAGACACAUCAUCCGUCUCUACCAAAGAAAGCUGUCAAUGGCUUGUCUGGAUACAGCUUUUCACUGGCCCUUUCUUUGUGACUUUAAUAUCUUGGACAGCCAUGGACUCUGAACUCAAACUUCGCAAUUUAUUACUACCGUUUCUGUGUUCCCUCCUUUUUUCUCUUGUCUGUCUCACAUGCCUCCUCUUGAGCACGCGGCGCAAUGGCCACUCGCAAAUUCCCAACACAUGGCGCCCUUUCCUAGCCUUACUCGGAUUCAUGGUCGCCAUAUUCUGGAUUGCAACUAUAGCCACAGAAGUUGUUAGCCUCCUUAAGACAGUGGGGGUCAUUUUGAAUAUCAGCGAUUCUCUCCUCGGGCUGACCGUGUUCGCUUUUGGGAAUUCCCUAGGCGAUCUGGUUGCGGACAUCACCGUUGCACGCCUUGGGUAUCCGGUGAUGGCCCUUAGUGCCUGUUUCGGUGGGCCAAUGUUAAAUAUCCUUCUGGGAAUCGGAUUGGGUGGUCUAUAUAUGACUGUGAAUGCAAGCCCAGACUCGAUUAUUGCAACUGGGGGGUCUUACGAGAUCGCCAUUUCGAACGUUCUGAUAAUCAGCGGUGCAACGCUGUUGGUUACCCUUGUGGGAUUGUUGAUUGUCAUUCCUCUAAAUAAGUGGAGGAUGGAUAGAAAGAUUGGCUGGGGUCUGGUUAUCUUGUGGUGCGUCAGCACCUUGGCUAACGUCAUUGCUGAACUUGUAACUUGA